UCUCAUAGUCUCAUUCCCCAUGGAGUAGCCUGGUUGGUGAGAGUGGGACAGUGGCCCUCGCCCGCAUUAAUUCUCUCUCCAACCAUCAAAACAAUCUCACUUCCAUUACUCUCUCCGCUCCUCUAUCUGGCUUUUUACAGCCCACAAAACCACAGAGACUCCCAAGAAUCACCAACGAGCAAAAUGCCCAAAACCCAUCUGAAACCCAUGAACACCCUUCUCAUACUACUGAUUUUCCUCCACACCCACUUCAAAAUCUGCAAUGGGGUUUCAGCUUCGGGCGUUUCAGCUUCGGGCUUCAAUUCACUGAAAACCGCCAGUGAAUUGGAUGAAAUGAUGAGGAGGGUUUGUGGCGGAGGAGAGUGCAUUGAAGAGAUUGAUUCAGAGAGCAAUCGGAGGGUUUUGGUGAUGCAGAGGAGGUUUAUAAGCUACGAGACACUGAAGAGGGACUUGGUUCCGUGCACGAAGCCUGGGGCUUCGUACUACAAUUGCAGGGCAGCUGGUGCGGCAAACCCUUACAACAGAGGAUGUGAGGUCAUUACAGGCUGUGCCAGAGAUAUUAGUGACAUCAAAUCUUGAUGAAAAGGUGGGACCGAAAGUGAUAUAUGUUGAUGGGAGUGGUAAAAAUUUUCUCCUAUUUUCCUGUGUUGGGAAUCCCUUUUGGGGUUUUAAGUUUAUGUUUGUAUAUUCAAGACUAGUUGUCCAUUUGGUUAUGUAUGAAUGGAUUUUUCUCUUGAUUUUUCUUGUGAUAAUUAAGGGUUUUUUUGAAGAAAA